AUGGCCCUCAGCAGCAAUGUCGUUAACUACCUAGUAUGGCGCUACCUGCAAGAGGCAGGCUUCGGCAACGCAGCGCUGCAGCUGUCGCGGUGCUGGCUGCGCGACCCCGAUUCCCUUCCCUUCGCCAAGAACAUCUCUCCACACACCCUUAUCAGGAUCCUGCAGGACGGCUUGGAGUUCGACAAGCUGCGCGCUGAAGCCUCAAACACCGUCGCACAAUACAACUUCGGUACCGACCACGGGCGGCCCUACUCUGCGCGCAACGGCGACCUCCUCACCCUCGACAAGGGCAUACCCGCGCACGAACUCGCCGCCGAAGCAGCGAAUGGAGUCGUGCAAGAGCCGCCGCCGAAGAAGGGCGUCAAGCGGAAGAAGCAGCCAAAGACCAACGGCGUGCCUGCCGAACCGCGCCUCGAACGCUCAGAGCCAGAGGUCAAUGGAGACCCCAUGGAACUCGAUCAGCACGGGACCACCCAGCCCACAAACAGCGUGAACAGCGUCCGAGCAGAGUCCGAGCCAGCGCCCUCGGAAGCCGAGUCACCAUCAGUCACCGACAUACCCAUAUCUACAUUGCGCAUCGGCGCAGACGCAUUGAUACAGACAGACGACAUCGCAGACCUCACCGCACACACCACCUUUAUACCCGCACCGAAAGACUUCCAGAAAGUGGUCGAGCACAGCUCGUGGGGGCCAGAAGAAGCGCCACUUCUGCUGGCCGCCGGCAAAUCCAUCCUUCAACUCCACAACGUGGCUAAAGCAACAACCCAAGGAGACGAGGCCCGAGUCAUCACAAUGGACCUGCCCAUACCUGUCAACAACUUCGAUAUCACCGCACUGUGUUGGCAGUCCGAGGGCGAGAUCACAGUAUCUGCACGAGAGCAGUGUGUCAACGAAGUAGGCGAGAAGAUGACCAUGGACAAGCUGAUCAAGGUUGUUGGCGAUACCUCGCACGCCAUAUCGUCCACCGCUGGACUAGUCACAACCCUGCGGUGGAACCCUGGGAUGGAGUUGCUGUUGUCGAUAUCGACAGACGGUGAAAAGGGAUCUAUCAAGAUCUGGAAGCACGACAGCGACUCGAUACCCGCAUGGGCCGACUUCACCGCCACCCAGAUCUACGACGCCUACUGGAUCAGCGACGCGGCGUUCGUGGUCUGCGGCACUGAGCUGUUCAAGAUAUACGAGGUCGACGGCGAAUCACUGACAACACAACGAACACUGGACACACCAAUCACGUGGGAGACAAUCAAAUACGACACGUCAUCGGGCAUCAUCGCAGCCCUCGGCAUGCGGGAACAGCAAUACUAUCUCGGCAUUCUCCACCCGAACGACUCGAUCAACCUCCAAGUCCACGAGUAUCCCGACCGAUACCCUAACGAUCUUGACUUCCGCGUCCAAUCCGCUAACAACACACUCGCAAACGGCACAUCACUACCCUCCACGCUCCUUGCAACCUGCUCCUUGUCCGGUCACGCACGCAUAUGGGACGCCAACGAGCCCUUUGCCUGCGUUCGACGACUAUCAACAACUGACGACAGCCAAGCCUUCAAGACCGCCUUCUCACCCGACGGCACCCUCCUCGCAGCUGCUGGACCAGACGCCGUCACGAUUUGGGACGUGGAGAAGCGCGAAGUACCAAUAGCCUGCUGGCGCGCGAAACAAUGUCCUGCUAGCAAGUGGAAUCCGAGUGUAGAUGGCGAGUUUAACCUGGGCUGGGAUCACGACAGUUCGAGGAUAUCUAUUGCGCUCGGAAACCAGAUUGCAAUCAUCCCCAUUCCUCGAUAG